AGAUCUUAAUUUCCUUUCACUUCAUUAUAAUUUUCUUCAAUUAAGCUCUUUAAACUAAUCGCAUCGAAUUCAGUUCCACUCUCCUUCGAUCCGUUCCUCGGACUGAUUUACAUUUUUAAAACUACAAAAUGGGUGUGGCAGAAAACAAUCACGAUAUGGAGGGAACACUAGAGAUUGGCAUGGAGUAUAGAACUGUUUCCGGAGUUGCUGGGCCGUUAGUAAUCCUCGAUAAAGUGAAGGGACCCAAAUAUCAAGAAAUUGUUAAUAUUCGUUUAGGGGAUGGAACUACCAGACGUGGUCAAGUCCUUGAAGUUGAUGGAGAAAAAGCUGUUGUUCAGCCAAAAUUAAUAAUGUCAACUAGUUCACCAUGCAAUGGGCUUAUAUUUAUGGUUUUUGAAGGAACAUCUGGUAUUGACAAUAAAUAUACAACCGUGCAAUUUACAGGAGAGGUGUUAAAAACUCCUGUCUCCUUGGAUAUGCUUGGGCGCAUUUUCAAUGGCUCUGGCAAGCCAAUAGAUAAUGGUCCACCUAUCUUGCCUGAGGCAUAUUUGGAUAUCUCUGGGAGUUCAAUUAAUCCUAGUGAGAGAACUUAUCCUGAAGAAAUGAUACAGACAGGGAUUUCAACAAUUGAUGUCAUGAAUUCAAUUGCUAGAGGGCAAAAAAUCCCUCUCUUUUCUGCUGCUGGUCUUCCCCAUAACGAAAUUGCUGCUCAGAUUUGUCGUCAGGCUGGUUUGGUGAAACGAUUGGAGAAGUCUGGAGAUCUGCUUGAGGAUGGCGAAGAAGAUAAUUUUGCAAUUGUGUUCGCAGCUAUGGGUGUAAACAUGGAGACUGCACAGUUUUUCAAACGUGACUUUGAGGAAAAUGGCUCAAUGGAGAGAGUGACCCUUUUCCUAAACCUGGCUAAUGACCCCACAAUUGAACGUAUUAUUACUCCUCGUAUUGCUCUCACUACUGCAGAAUACUUGGCAUAUGAAUGUGGGAAGCAUGUUCUUGUGAUCCUUACAGACAUGAGUUCUUAUGCUGAUGCUCUCCGUGAGGUAUCUGCUGCCCGAGAAGAAGUACCUGGAAGACGUGGAUAUCCUGGGUACAUGUAUACAGAUUUGGCCACAAUAUACGAGCGUGCUGGACGAAUUGAAGGGCGAAAGGGUUCUAUCACGCAAAUUCCAAUUCUUACUAUGCCAAAUGAUGAUAUUACACAUCCCACUCCGGAUCUUACUGGAUAUAUCACAGAGGGGCAAAUAUACAUUGACAGGCAGCUCCAUAAUAGACAGAUAUACCCACCAAUCAAUGUGCUUCCAUCGCUGUCUCGUCUCAUGAAGAGUGCAAUUGGUGAGGGGAUGACACGAAGGGAUCACGCGGAUGUUUCUAACCAGCUGUAUGCAAAUUAUGCUAUUGGGAAGGAUGUGCAGGCAAUGAAAGCUGUGGUUGGAGAGGAAGCACUUUCUUCCGAGGAUCUGCUAUACUUGGAGUUCUUGGAUAAAUUUGAAAGGAAAUUUGUCACCCAAGGAGCAUAUGACACCCGCAAUAUCUUUCAGUCACUCGAUUUGGCAUGGAUGCUUCUUCGCAUAUUUCCUCGUGAACUUCUCCACCGUAUACCAGCAAAAACUCUUGACCAAUACUACAAUCGAGAUGCAGCUAAUUGAAGGAGACAAAAACUCAUGCUCCCUCUUGGUCGUCUUUGCGUGUUGUUUAUUUGCCUCUUUCAUUCGUAAGUUGCCAUCUUCCACUGUUCAAAUAAUAAUGGUUGAAUUCUAGCUAGGGCUCCCCAUGAAAGCCAUAUGGGUAGCAAACAAGAGAUAAAAAUAUUCAGCGACUCUUUGUGUUGGUUUUACUUUUCCUCUAGAUAUAAUUUUUUGUGUUGCGUGUUCUAUCUUCCUAUUAAUUUUGAAAUCCAGUUGGUUUGGAUUGUUGUAUCGGUGAGGAAAUACAGACCAAGGCCAGUGCUUCCAAACUGCUUUUAGCUGUUUUGCUUUUCUUUUAUUUUCUUUGUAUAGAAUUUGUUUAGUAUGUGAUGAUAAAAGCAUUUGAGACAACCGACGAGUUCUAUUAUGUUGAACAAAAUCGUUGAAAAAAUUAAAGAAGAUUGGAAGG